AGCUUUGGUUGCUUUCAAAUUCAAACAACAAAUAACCUGUCACUCAACAUUAUCCAACAUAUUUCAACAAGCAGUAGCAGAAACCUCCACAACAAAGCCGCGCCGGCUUACCGCGCACAGCCGGAAUCAUGGCGGCCACAUCGAACAUGUUCAUGUACUCGCUGACAAUCCAGGCGCCGUUGACAAUCUCGCAGGCCCUCGUUGGCCAGUUCUCGGGAACUGGGGGGCAGCAGAUCAUCACGGCCUCUGGAUCGCGUCUCACACUCCUCCAGCCCGACGCGAAGCAGUUCAAGGUCGACACGCUGCUGUCGCAGGAUAUAUUUGGAAUCAUCAGGGCAAUCUCAUCAUUUCGCUUGGCUGGCAGUCACAAAGACUACAUAAUCCUCGCAACUGAUUCGGGCCGUAUCGCUAUCAUCGAGUACAUGCCCAAAACGAACAGGUUCGAGCGUAUCCACCUCGAGACGUUUGGAAAAUCAGGAUCGCGCCGUGUUGUUCCGGGCCAAUAUCUUGCAGCGGACCCGAGAGGUAGAGCCUGCCUGAUUGCCUCGAUCGAGAAGAACAAACUCGUCUACGUCUUGAACCGGAAUGCCCAAGCAGAGCUCACAAUCUCAUCACCCCUCGAGGCGCACAAACAUGGUGUUCUCGUGCUCUCGCUCGUCGCACUUGACGUCGGCUAUUCGAAUCCUGUAUUUGCCGCUCUGGAGCUCGACUACUCCGAAGCCGAUCUGGAUCCCACAGGCCAGGCCCGCGAAGAGGCCGAGACGCAACUUGUGUAUUACGAGCUUGACCUGGGUCUGAACCACGUGGUGAGGAAGUGGUCCGAUACUGUCGACCCGACCUCGUCCAUGCUCUUCCAGGUUCCCGGCGGCAAUGAUGGCCCCAGCGGUGUGCUCGUCUGCGGCGAAGAGAACGUCACGUACCGGCACUCAAACCAGGAAGCCUUCCGCGUCCCAAUUCCCAGGCGGCGAGGAGCCACCGAAGACCCGCAGCGAAAGCGAACAAUCAUAUCGGGUAUGAUGCAUAAACUCAAGGGGAGUGCGGGUGCAUUCUUCUUCCUCCUACAGUCUGACGACGGCGACCUGUUCAAGGUUACAAUAGAUAUGGCCGAGGACAGUGAGGGCAACACGACCGGGGAGGUCAAACGGCUCAAGAUUAAGUACUUUGACACAAUCCCGCUGGCCACCAGCUUGUGCAUUCUCAGGAGUGGAUUUCUCUUCGCAGCUAGCGAGUUCGGCAACCACCACUUGUAUCAGUUUGAGAAGCUUGCAGACGACGACGACGAGCUCGAGUUCAGCAGCGACGAGUUUCCCACCGACGCCCGGGCCUUGUAUACGCCCGUAUACUUUUACCCCCGGCCAGUUGAAAAUCUGAUCCUUGUCCAAAGCAUGGAUGCAAUGAACCCCUUGGUUGAUUGCAAAGUUGCCAACCUAACAGGUGAGGACGCGCCGCAAAUAUACUCGAUCUGCGGAAGCGGGGCGAGGAGCACAUUCCGGUCGCUUAAGAACGGCCUGGAGGUGACUGAGAUUGUUGGUGAGGAAUUGCCUGGCACGCCCUCGGCUGUCUGGACGACCAAACUCGCGAGGGAUGAUGAGUUCGAUGCCUACAUCGUCAUGUCCUUCGCCAACGCGACGCUUGUUUUGAGCAUUGGAGAGACGGUGGAGGAGGUUCAAGACUCGGGCUUCAUGUCGGAUGUGACGACCCUAGCUGCGCAACAGCUGGGCGAGGAAGGCUUGAUUCAGGUCCACCCCAAGGGAAUUCGCCACAUUGUCAGAGGUCGUGUGAACGACUGGCCGGCACCACAGCAUCGAUCCAUCGUCGCCGCUGCAACCAACGAAAGCCAGGUUGUCCUCGCCCUUAGCUCCGGCGAAAUAGUGUACUUCGAGGUCGAGUCCGAUGGUAACCUGGCAGAGUAUGACGAGAAGAAGGAGAUGACCGGCACUGUUACCUGCCUCAGUCUUGGCAAGGUCCCAGAAGGACACAAGAGAAGCUCCUUUCUAGCCGUGGGGUGCGACGAUUGUACUGUCCGGAUUCUCAGCCUCGACCCUGAGACGACUCUGGAAAUGAAGUCGGUCCAAGCCCUGACCGCGGCCCCUUCGUCUCUGUCUAUCAUGGCUAUGGAAGAUUCCUCAGGCGGGUCCACGUUAUAUCUUCACAUUGGUCUUCACUCAGGAGUCUAUCUACGGACCGUCCUAGACGAAGUUACCGGCGAGCUCACCGAUACUCGUCAAAAGUUCCUAGGGCCGAAGCCGACCAAGCUCUUCCAGGUUUCGGUUCAGAAUCAGCCUUGCGUCCUGGCCUUGAACUCGAGGACCUGGCUGGGAUAUACUCAUCCGCUGACCAAAGCAUUCAUGAUGACGCCUUUGAGUUACCAAGACCUUAACUACGGUUGGAACUUCAGCAGUCAGGAGUGUUUGGAAGGUGUAGUGGGGAUCCAAGCAAAUUUCUUAAGGAUCUUCAAGGUCGAGGGACUGGGUGACAAUCUCAUUCAGAAGUCGAUGCCGCUAACAUACACACCAAAACGGCUCGUGAAGCACCCCGAGCAGCCUUAUUUCUACACCAUCGAGGCAGAAAACAACACUUUGCCUCCUGAACUACAGGCGAAGUUGCUCGAACAGCCGAACGUGGCGAACGGAGAUGCAAAAAUACUACCACCUGAGGAGUUCGGACACCCUCGAGCCAAGGGUCGGUGGGCAUCCUGUAUUAGCAUUAUCAACCCUCUCGGAGAUGAGCCGAGCGUUCUUAGCAAGAUCGAUCUCAGCGACAACGAAGCCGCCGUCAGCGCGGCUGUUGUUCCGUUUGCGAGCCAAGAAGGCGAAAGCUUUCUUGUUGUUGGCACAGGGAAAGACAUGGUUCUGAAUCCGCGUCAGUUCACUGAAGGGUAUAUCCAUGUCUACCGGUUCCACGAAGACGGCAGAGAGCUAGAGUUCAUCCACAAAACCAAAGUCGAAGAGCCCCCAAUGGCACUGAUGCCGUUCCAAGGGCGUCUCCUCGUCGGCGUGGGCAAGACGCUGCGAGUUUACGAUCUAGGUCUUAGGCAACUCCUCCGAAAAGCACAGGCAGAUGUGGCGCCGCAGCUUAUUGUCACGCUGCAGGCGCAAGGAAAUCGCAUCGUGGUCGGCGAUGUCCAGCAAGGCAUUACCUACGUAACCUUUAAGCCGGACAGCUACAAACUUCUGCCGUUUGCUGACGACUCAAUCAACCGAUGGACGACAUGCACGACGAUGGUUGACUAUGACUCGGUUGCGGGAGGAGAUAAAUUUGGCAACCUCUGGGUUCUGCGGUGUCCUGAUAAGGUCAGCACCGAAACCGAUGAGCCAGGCUCUGAAAUUCAUCUCACGCACGCGCGAGACUAUUUACAUGGUGCGCCGAAUCGUCUCAGCCUUAUGACGCACUUCUACACGCAAGACCUCCCGACUAGCAUCUGCAAAACCAGUCUCGUGGUGGGCGGCCAAGAAGUCCUUGUCUGGAGCGGACUACAAGGCACCAUUGGAGUGCUGAUCCCGUUCAUCAGCCGGGAGGACGUAGACUUUUUCCAGAGUCUAGAAAACCACAUGCGAAAUGAAGACCCACCUCUAGCAGGCCGCGACCAUCUCAUCUACCGGGGCUACUAUACACCGGUCAAGGGUGUCAUUGAUGGCGAUCUUUGCGAGAGAUACAACCUGCUUUCCAACGACAAGAAGCAGAUGAUUGCCGGCGAGCUCGACCGGUCGGUUCGAGAGAUUGAGCGCAAGAUUUCAGACAUUCGAACGAGGUCUGCUUUCUGAUGACCAUGAAGAGCUCUAUAGGAUGGGUCUAGGCGGUAGUUUGGUUUGUUUGGGAUACUCUUUACAGCAGGCGCUCAUGGUUUAGCGGAUAGCAGCGGGCAGGCAGGAUGGCGUUUCGGAAAGUGUGAGAAAUUAUGACGGGAAUCCCCCAAGCGGAUUUGUUCGAGUAGUAUACAGCAAGAAUCACAA